GAAGUGGGCAACGGGACCUCGCUCGGCUGUCUGCACAACUUUCCUUCGCUGUUUCCUCUGCUGUCCUUCGAGCAGCAACGAACACCUUCACGCUGUCCAAAGACGUUGGUGGCAUUCGGUAAAUACCAAGCCCUACGCGACAAUGACGACCUUGCUCAAGCCGGGUCAGGGGCGAGUGGCGCCUGAGACCGGGGCCUCGAAGACAGGUGGCGAUAUGCAGGUGGUGGUGAACGCAAGCAGCCCCAACGGGGAGGAGGAGGACCUGGUGGAUAUCUACAUGCGCACCGUCCCGUGGACCAAACAAACGACGCUGAGCACCCAGCAGGCCAUCAAGUCGGUGUGGAAGCGGCUGGUGAUUGUGCGCGGCGUGGAGCACACCAAGGAGUCGCUGAAGAACUUCUGGACCACGCUAGGUGUGGUUUCAGCCCUGCUACUUUCAGUCACCUACUCGACGGUAACAUCGCCGCUCGCAAGUGACGAUCCCAGCAAAUCAUCGGCGGUCACCUUCGUGCGGGCCGUGGGGGGCAUCAGUCUGGUGCUCUCGCUCGUUAUCAUCGUGACCACGGUUAUUUACCUGAUUGAGAUCGACAACUGCACAACCAACCGUGACCUCGAAGACUUUAUUCGCAGCAAUGGGAGCCUGUUCGACAUCCUGACGGGAUUCUUCAGCGCAAGCGUUGGCCUCUUGAUGGCACAAGCGUUGGCAACCAUGUACGUGACCUUCAAUCCCACUGAGUUCUGGAUCACUAUCGGCUUCACGGGAUUCUUCGCCGUAGUCACCGCCGUCUUCGCGGCCGUCCUUGCAGGCCACAACCGUUUCCGGAUGUGGGCACGCUACGACUCCCCGCUGGCCAUUGAGCGGCGCGUGGUGGAGCGGCUGGUGGAGGAGCGGCAGAAGCGCGCCAAGGCGGCGGAGGAAACGUUUAAGAACUCAUAGUGGAAAUACGGCGCGUAGCCCCAAGCCGCUGUAGGCGCCGGGGUAUGAUUAAAGGAAUGGGAUUUGUGUAGGCUUGGAAUCCGGUUGUCGGGCCGUCACUGGCGGCAGAGCAUGGCGAGUUGGUGUGCAUGGUGCAUAAGACAUGGAACAUGUGCACGCAUAUGAUGCAUGAAACUACUGGUGCACUGGCAUCCACUGACAUUCUAGCACUGUCUAAACCGUGUGUAUGUUCAUGCACGCCACCACGGCACCACCGUGACGGGUUUGCAGGCGCCUGCUCAUGUUCGAUAUGGUACUUUGAGCAAUGCAUGCUUUAUUUCUUGCUUCAUCCGUUCAUGACUCGUACACUAUCUGGCUUCGAUUACUGGAGAUCGCAGGUGAUUAGACUUCUUACGGGGGCAGUGCGUGGGGCAGGAGCGUGUCUGUGUGUGUAUUUAGUUGCAAGUCAGCGUUCUGGUGUAACUGUGGGUGAUUGGUCUGGCUGGGGGCGUUUCUGCCGGGGCGUCUCAGGUGGCCCGCCAGCUAAGCUUGCUUCCGCGGGUGAGCCGGCCCUGUGAACAGGACUGACCGGUGUCGCGGCGCGCCGAUGUUGGGUGGGGUUGAGGAUGCUAUCCGGCAUGUGAGAUCGCCCGCCUGCCAAGGUGCCAACAACGUGGUGGGGUUGCUGCUUGGCCAAGAACGGGCUUAUGACAGCUAUGCUGGUGCUUGGCUAAUGCCGGGCUAGUGCUUUCUGUGGAAAGUGGGCACAGGCAUCACGCUCGUGGGCACUGAGUUGAAGUUGUCACAAAUUGAUGGUCAGCACAGGUCAGCACCCCUGAUGGUCAGUCUGUUAGCUCACGCUGUUAGCUUGAUGCUGGCAAUUCAACAAGCGAGCC